GCGGCGGCGGCGGCGGCUCCGCGCUCCUGCCGGGCCCGGGCCGCCUGGCCAUGCGGCUCCAGGGCCGGGGAACUGGGCUCGGGCCCGCGCCGCCCCCCGCGCGCCGCCCCCGCUGAGCCCGCGCCCGCCCGGGCGCCGCCCGGCACCAUGGUGCAGAAGUCUCGCAACGGCGGCGUGUACCCCGGCCCGAGCGGGGAGAAGAAGCUCAAGGUGGGCUUCGUGGGGCUGGACCCCGGCGCGCCCGACUCCACCCGAGACGGCGCGCUGCUCAUCGCCGGCUCCGAGGCCCCCAAGCGCGGCAGCAUCCUGAGUAAGCCGCGCGCGGGCGGCGCGGGCGCCGGGAAGCCCCCCAAGCGCAACGCCUUCUACCGCAAGCUGCAGAAUUUCCUCUACAACGUGUUGGAGCGGCCGCGCGGCUGGGCUUUCAUCUACCACGCCUACGUGUUCCUGCUGGUCUUCUCCUGCCUCGUGCUGUCUGUGUUCUCCACCAUCAAGGAGUACGAGAAGAGCUCGGAGGGCGCGCUCUACAUCCUGGAAAUCGUGACCAUCGUGGUGUUCGGCGUGGAGUACUUCGUGCGGAUCUGGGCUGCGGGCUGCUGCUGCCGGUACCGCGGCUGGAGGGGGCGGCUCAAGUUUGCGCGGAAGCCCUUCUGUGUGAUCGACGUCAUGGUGCUCAUUGCGUCCAUCGCCGUGCUGGCCGCCGGCUCCCAGGGCAACGUCUUCGCCACGUCGGCGCUGCGCAGCCUGCGCUUCCUGCAGAUCCUGCGCAUGAUCCGUAUGGACCGGCGCGGCGGCACCUGGAAGCUGCUGGGCUCCGUGGUCUACGCGCACAGCAAGGAGCUGGUCACUGCCUGGUACAUUGGCUUCCUCUGUCUCAUCCUGGCCUCGUUUCUGGUGUACUUGGCGGAGAAGGGGGAGAACGAUCACUUUGACACCUACGCGGACGCGCUCUGGUGGGGCCUGAUCACCCUGACAACCAUUGGCUACGGGGACAAGUACCCCCAGACCUGGAACGGGAGGCUCCUGGCGGCAACCUUUACCCUCAUUGGCGUCUCCUUCUUCGCUCUUCCUGCUGGCAUUUUGGGGUCUGGCUUUGCCCUGAAAGUUCAAGAACAGCAUCGUCAGAAGCACUUUGAGAAGAGGCGGAACCCUGCGGCAGGCCUGAUCCAGUCCGCCUGGAGGUUCUACGCCACCAACCUGUCACGCACGGACCUGCACUCCACGUGGCAGUACUAUGAGCGCACGGUGACCGUCCCCAUGUACAGACUGAUCCCGCCGCUGAACCAGCUAGAGCUGCUUCGGAACCUCAAGAGCAAAUCUGGACUCACCUUCAGGAAGGAGCCCCAGCCGGAGCCGUCCCCAAGUCAGAAGGUCAGUUUGAAAGACCGUGUCUUCUCCAGCCCCCGCGGCGUGGCUGCCAAGGGCAAGGGGUCCCCUCAGGCCCAGACCGUCCGGCGGUCGCCCAGCGCCGACCAGAGCCUGGAGGACAGCCCAAGCAAGGUGCCCAAGAGCUGGAGCUUCGGGGAGCGCGGCCGCGCGCGGCAGGCCUUCCGCGCCAGGGGCGCUGCUUCCCGGCAGAACUCGGAAGAAGCAAGUCUCCCAGGGGAGGACAUUGUGGACGACAACAAGAGCUGCAACUGCGAGUUUGUGACGGAGGAUCUGACCCCGGGCCUCAAAGUCAGCAUCAGGGCCGUGUGUGUCAUGCGGUUCCUGGUGUCCAAGCGCAAGUUCAAGGAGAGCCUACGGCCCUACGACGUGAUGGACGUGAUUGAGCAGUACUCGGCUGGCCACCUGGACAUGCUAUCCCGCAUCAAAAACCUGCAGUCCAGGAUAGAUAUGAUUGUGGGCCCCCCACCCCCUUCAACUCCCCGGCACAAGAAGUACCCCACCAAAGGACCCACGGCCCCUCCGAGAGAGUCACCCCAGUACUCACCUAGAGUGGACCAAAUCGUGGGGCGUGGCCCGGCCAUAGCAGACAAAGACCGAGGCAAGGGUCCGGCUGAGGCAGAGCUGCCCGAGGACCCCAGCAUGAUGGGACGGCUGGGGAAGGUGGAGAAGCAGGUCCUGUCCAUGGAGAAGAAGCUGGAUUUCCUGGUGAACAUCUACACACAGCGCAUGGGUGUCCCCCCGACGGAGACCGAGGCCUACUUCGGGGCCAAGGAGCCAGAGCCGGCGCCGCCAUACCACAGCCCCGAGGACAGCCGGGACCACGGCGGCAGGAACGGCUGCAUCAUCAAGCUCAUCCGCUCCACCAGCUCCACGGGCCAGAAGAACUUCUCGGCACCCCCAGCCGCGCCCCCUGCCCCGUGCCCGCCCUCCACCUCGUGGCAGCAGCAGUGCCACCCGCGCCAGGGCCACGGCACCUCACCCGUGGGGGACCACGGCUCGCUGGUGCGCAUCCCGCCACCACCCGCCCACGAGCGGUCCCUGUCCGCCUACAGCGGGGGCCACCGGGCCAGCACGGAGCUCCUGAGGUCGGAGGAUGGCCCGGCCUGCAGGCCCCACGAGGGCGCCCUGCGGGACAGCGACACGUCCAUCUCCAUCCCGUCCGUAGACCACGAGGAGCUGGAACGCUCCUUCAGCGGCUUCAGCAUCUCCCAGUCCAAGGAGAACCUGGACGCCCUCAACAGCUCCUACGCCGCUGCCGCCGCGCCGUGCGCCAAAGUCAGGCCCUACAUUGCGGAGGGCGAGUCGGACACGGACUCGGACCUCUGCACCCCGUGCGGGCCCCCGCCGCGCUCUGCCACGGGCGAGGGCCCCUUCGGCGAUGUGGGCUGGGCCGGGCCACGGAAGUGAGGCCGCCCGCCGGCCUGCCCGUGACUCCUGGCCUCCCGGGCUCGAGGCGGACCCUCCAGGGCCCUUUGCUUAGAGCAGCGCAGCGCGGGUGCCCGUGUGUGGUGCUGGGCAGGCGCGGCCCUUGCUCUCGCACUGAAGGUCGGCAGAAAUUCUUCUCCAGCGAGGGGCAGCCCGGCUGGCCGUGCCCACUCUGCAGACUCUGCAGACUGCUGGCCUGGGCGUGACAGAGGCCAGGGUCAAGGCUGAGGACGGGUCCCUGGCGGCUGGGUCGAGGCGUGGGCUGGGAGCGGGGCCGGGUGAGGGUGGCAGCGAGGGGCAGGCCUGUCUUGUGAGGAUCAGUGGCCUUGAGGCCUCGGUGGGCAGUGGCUGGCCCCUCGGGCGUGGCUUGUCUCCGCCCCCCCUUCCUGUCCUGCCCCAUCUGUCUUGGGUGCCCACCCAGAGCUUCUGGUCAGUGUCGCCCUCCUUCCCGUGGGUUCUGAGUGUCCUGUGAUGGGAGUCGGUCCCAAGUCCAGUACCCUGGCUUGCAGGGGGCAGGGUGGCGAGGCUGGGGACCACCCCAGAGCAGAGCAACCCUCAGACCUCCCGAACCUGGCUCUUGUGGGGAGGGGCCUGCUCCACAGGCUCCUGGAAGGGGGCUCUUGGGGGCUCCCUUCCGGAUGUGGAAGAUGGCGGGUGUGCCCCCGUGUCCUCUCCCCUCUGCCCUGGCCGGGUGCUGGUCAUCAGGCUGUGGCCAGCACUGCUAUAUGGACCUGCCUGUGGGGAGAGGUGCUGGGAGGCUGGGGCACUGCCCCACACUGGGCUUGUGCUCUGGGGUCCUGGGCCGGGCUGAUUGUGGUGAGCAGAUGUGCACGCUGUCCUCCCUUGGGGACCCUGCCUCGCCUGUCUCCCAUCAGCCCCUGACGGGGCCCGGGCCGGACAGUGCCGCAGCCAUCGGGGAAAUCUUCAGUAGGGCAACCCCCGCCGUCCAGAGGCGAAGGCAGCUCUGUCUCAUAGGCGUCUCUCCUGUCCCUGCGGAGCUGACCGUCCCCCACCUGCUCUCCUCCACUGACCGGCCCCUUGGCUGUGACCUCUUGCUGUCUUGGAGUCAGAGAUGCCCAUCCCCACCCUGUAUCCUGGGAAGCAGUGGCCCCCAUCAUUCCUAUCCCGGGCACCUGGGUCUGUGGGGCAGCAGCUUUGAGCUGGGAUUCCAGCCCCAGGAGGCGGAGUGGACCCUGUCCUGGGCCCCCAGCUGUCAGUGCGCGGGAGCCUCUGGCAUUUGGGGUGACAGGACAGCAAGCCUGGGCCCCUAGCGCCCUCUGAGGCAGUGACCUGUGCACCAGGGCUGGGCCCGCUAAGCCCACUGCAUAGCGGCUUCCCCCGGAACACACGGUUCAGGGAGAGCCUCGCUGUCUCCUCAGGGUGCUUGUGUCCGUCCUGGUCAGUGAGGGAAUCCGCUUGCUCUCUGGGAAGGACUUUGAAAGCAGCAUCAUGUGCCCCUGGCUGUCAGGGUCCUGACGCUCUGAGAUCUCUGGGGAGCAGUGUCUGCAGUAGCCUCUGUGCAUGGCUCCCGCUCUUGCCAGGACACCCAGGGUCCCACCCGUGUGCACCUCUCUGCUGGGGCUGCUGGCCAGGCGGCUGGAGGGUGGGCUGGGCCUAGUGCAGGAGGAUCCAGGCUCGGAGUCGGAAACUGUGGUGUGUGCUCAGGGCCGCAGCACGAGGAUACCCCUCUCUUCCAGCCUCCCGGGAGGGGUUGGUCGUGGAACCUUCCAUGUGGCCCCACUGGCCCCCUCCGCCCGGCGUGUCUGCUCUGUGCCCCCUCUCUUGUUCUCAAAGGCAGUGUUUCUCCACCUCAGACCCUCAGUGGUGAGAAAAGCCCCUCCCAGUGUGGUACUCGGUGUGGCUGGCGUGAAGGGGCCCCAGCAAGUGGCCGCUCCUCUGCGUGAGGUCUGAGCCCCCCUUCGCCCUCCUGCCGUGGGAGAGGGAGGCCCCAGCUGCAGGCCCCUGGGCCAAGCACGUCCACAUCCUGCCCAGCCCAGCCCCUGCUCUCUGGCCCUGGGAGAGUCAGGUUCAGGCCGCCAGCAGCAGGGACCCUCCCCUGUCGGAUCUCGGUGGCCGUGGGUGCUCGGCCCUACUGGGAGGGGCCCUUGGCCACUGGAGAGAGUUUUGUGUCCUGUCCCACACGCUCCCUGUGCCGUGGGCCCCUGGUGACGGGAGGUGCCGGCCCAGACAUACCUCUUGUCCCCAGAGCUGCUGAGCCAGACGCAGGCACCAAGGCCACUGCUGGGAGGGUCUCCGAGGUUGCAGCAGGAGGGGUUGAGGCUAGACUGUCAGACGUGCUGCACUUAGCAAGGGGGCUGUGAUGUCUCCUCUGUGAAAUCGCGGCCCCUUGGAAGACAGGAGACCCAUGUCUCUGCUUGAGGGACGGUUUGGGGGGGCAGUUUUGGGAGAUGAUGGAGUAGAGGCUCCUUCUCAGGGGCCCCCAGACCCCGGCCCAAACAGUGCGUGAUCCUCCCAGCGUCCAUCCACUGCCCCGGGGUCCCCACCUUCAAGAAGUGUAGAAGGAAAGAGGCCGGGCGCUUUGGGAAGUCGGCGUGCUUCUUGGGCGCGCGUGUGACUGCCGAGGACCAGCCCUGCUCCUCAGCAGGUGUGGCGAACGUUUCCCAGGACAAGCAUUUUAGUUACUAGAGCACGCGCCGCCCCCCAGCCCCUGACACACGCCUGUGCUGACACUCACGCCUGUGAACGUGCAGCACACACACACGCACACAAACCGCACAUGCCGGCACACAGAGCCAUGCACAUGCGUUCUCACGCCCCGCCGCACGUGCACACCCCCACGCACGCACGCUCACACACCCAUGGGCACACGCUC